UCUUGCGGGUGCUAAAACAUGGCUGCCUCAGGUCGGUCGAUAUCAACAAGACCAACCAAACCGAUAGGCAGGUCUCUCGGAGGAUUAUUCUGCAAGCUGGGCCUUCUCACUGUUAUCAUAUCCACGUCGUUAUUUCUAGUAUGUUUAAUACGAGCGCUGACUUUUGAAAUUCGGGAGAUAGAUUACAAGCCGUGCAAAGUCACGGACGAAGACUACAUUCGUGCCGAUGGAGACGUUGUUGACCGGUUUGUUCAUUCACUUCGUUUUAAAACUGUGUCGACAUCUAAGCAUGACUACAAUCGGGACGAGCUGCUCAAGUUUCAGCUUUUUCUAAAGAGAGAAUUCCCCACAAUCCAUAAUUCACCGUUAGUACAUCACCAAGUGGUAAAUGGCUAUAGUUUGCUCUAUGAAUUACCAGGCACAAACCCGGAGUUGAAGCCGUAUCUUCUUGCUGCUCACCUUGAUGUUGUACCUGCCUCAGACGAGGGCUGGGAACAUCCACCAUUUGAUGGGGUCAUCACAGAAGAUGGUCACCUCUAUGGGCGAGGAACGCUGGAUAACAAAGAUGGCGUUCUGGGUAUUCUUGAAGCCUUGGAAUUCCACUUAAAAAGAGGAUUUAAGCCCAAGAGGACUUUGUUUGUUGCUCUUGGACAUGAUGAAGAGGUUGGGGGUUACGAUGGACAUGCACAAAUAGGAAAGAUUCUGCAGGACCGAGGCAUCAGACUUGAAUUUAUGGUAGAUGAGGGAAUGCCUGUCCUGGAUGUAGGCCUGCCAAUGAUUGACAAGCCAGUUGCCGUUAUAGGAGCUGCAGAGAAAGGCUACGUGACACUGGAAUUCAAGGUGGAAGUACCAGGCGGCCAUUCCUCCAUGCCGCCUCCUGAAACCAGCAUUGGCAUUUUAUCCAAAGCAUUAGCAAGGGGACACUUUGGUCUGAGUUACUUCUCCAGCAGGUUAGAAUCCUCGCCCCACCCUAGCUUUUUUGGCUAUGGACCUGAGGCAGCUAGUAUGGAACAUGUGGCACCACAUAUGUCUUUCUUUGGCAAAUUCUUGAUGAGUAACCUGUGGCUUUUAGGACCAUAUGUCUCCAGACUGCUAUCCAGUAAUCCUGCCACAAAUGGGCAAGUUCGGACUACAACAGCUAUCACCGUAUUCAAUGCGGGAAUAAAGGACAAUGUUCUCCCUCCAGUUGCUACAGUCUAUGUGAACCACAGAAUACAUCCAGCACAGUCCAUUCAGGAUGUUAUAGACUAUGACAGGGCAGUUGUCAAUGAUGAUCGUGUUCAUAUAAAACAAUUACACCUGGAGGAUGCAAUAGAGCCAUCCCCUGUCUCCCCUACAGGUAUCAUGGUGGCCAACACAGAUACAAGACACUACCGAUACCUCAACCUGACUGACUCUAUCUAUAGGUUCUUGCCUGCUGUGAUGGGACCAGAGGAGCCCAAAAGAAUUCAUGGAUACAACGAGAGAAUUGCUUUGCAGAACUUUGAGCAAAUAAUCAACUUCUUUUAUCACCUAAUUCUCAAUGCAGACCAGGAAAAGUUGCAGGUUCUUCACUCUCAUACUGAGGAGUUGUAA